AUGGGUAUCACUUAUGAUGAUGUUGUCUCCACUAAUAUGAUCCAUGACAAGCGCUCAUCCAUCUUCGAUGUUAAAGCCGGUAUCGCUCUUGACGACCACUUCGUUAAGCUUGUCUCGUGGAAUGAUAACGAGUGGGGAUAUUCUAAUCGCCUUAUUGACCUCGUCGUGUAUAUGAAUAAGGUCGAUUCUCAGUAA